CAUUCAAACAUAUAUCUCAUAUGCAUAGUAGAAGUAUACAAAUUGACGUUUAGUUGAUUACAAUGAAGUUAAAGCAAGUUGUAGUGGAAAGAAUCGUAGAUUCCUUCUUUUUUUACAUUCGAGACUUCAAAGAUAUAUCUAAAUUGGAUGAAAUUAAAAGUCGUUUACAACGUUUAUCUGAAAAAUCUAAUUUUAUCCAUGCAGAAUCAGAUCAGUUAGUUGCUUUAGUAGACGAAACCAUAUUUAAAAGGGCCGUUGUGGUUAAAAGUGAUAAUGGAGGUUAUCACUGCUGGUUAUUGGAUUAUGGCGUCUAUAUUACAACCGACCGGGUUUAUAAAUUACCUGAAGAACUUUGUUCUACACCACCAACAAUUAAGAUAGCAACUUUAAAUAAUGUUGUUGGGUUACAUAACGUGUUUAAUUUUGAAACAAAUAAAAACGAUACCAUUUGGAAACCUUACUUUAGUAGCGUCACUGAAAGAUUCAUCGAAAAGAAGCUUUCCGAAGCUAAAAAAGUGUAUUUUUCCGAAGAACACACGUUUAUGGAUAUGUUAUGUGGAAAUUUUAUAUUCGAAAUGACCGAUGGUGUUACUUUAAAUUUGGGAUCCUUACUUUUAGAGGAAGGUCACGUUAUGGUGGAUAAUGAAAAGUUUUUGGGAGGCCUGCAAAAAUCUACACAAAAAAUUCCAGUUACCAUAAAACCUGAAGAAGAAGAAGAUUUUUGUCCAGAUGAACCUUGCCAACUUGAAGGAAUAGGUCGUGGAAGAAGUCGUCCCAAGUUAUCGAUAAAUAAAAAGCGCGACGUUGAUAAUUGGCUAAAUUGUAUGGAUAAAUCGUUAACACAAGAUGAAGAAUGUUCGGUAAAAGAUCAAGAUUCAUCCUUAAACAGAAGCUUUUUAUCUGAUAAUAACCCAAAUAUUGAUGAUUCAUCUCAUAUGCUAGCUUCUACCAGUUCAACUUCAAUGAAUGCAAAUAUUUCAAGUGGUUCAAUAAAUUUAGAAAGUAAAUCUCCGCCAAAGAAAUCGGGGGGACGAGGCGAAUUGUUAAAAAAGUUGAGUUGUGAAGUAAAUAAACAAGAUGUUCAAAAAGAUUUUAAUCUUUCAACAACUAAAAUUCAAUGUGAUGAUUUAAAUCCAAGUGAGGGAUCUAAAAUAAAAAAUAAGAGUAUUAGUCCUUGCGAAUUAAGGAAGAUUUUAUCAAACUUUAAACAGAAAUCGUUAAAAUCUGAAGCAACGUCUUUAAAAUCUGAUUUAAAAACUCAAUCAAAUUCUGAUUCAAACUUUUCGAAAUCAUCAAAAUCGUCUAGUUCUUCUUCAAACAGAAAGAUUGUUUAUUCAACAGAUACUAUUUCAUCAUCUUCCGAGGCAAAUAGCGUUAUAUCGCAUGGGGUUGAACCAAUCAAUUCGUCAGAUCAUGGUGAUUUGAAAGGGGUUGUAAUGAAAAAUAAUUUUGACUGUAAAUGCGAAAAUUGCAAAAAAUUUUUUGAUGACGAUCCCAUUGAAACUAGAAAAGUUUUCGCAGACGAAGUUAAAGUAGUUGAUAAUUUCGUAAAAGGAAAACCACUACUGCUCUUAAAAACCGAACUUAAUCAAUCAGAAAUCAAAAUUCUUAAGAAUAAGAAUCGAUAUCAAACAAAAAUUGAAAAAGAUAUGUCGCCGAAUCUAUUAAUUCAUUCGCCUGGUCAGCUACCAGAUCCAAUUGCAAACAUUUGUAGCGUUCCUUUUGUGAAACCUAUUCAUCAUGCGUUAACAAGAAACCAAUUUAAAACCCCAAAAUCGAUACAAAUGUACAUGUGGCCAAUAUUAAUGCGAACAAUGAAUGCUUGUAUUAUUAAUAAUCAGGAUACGGGAAAAACAAUGUGUUAUUUGCCCGCUUUGUUAUCAUUUUUGAUGCAAAAGGAUGAACGUUAUCCUUUUUUACCAAAGGAACCUAGUCCUAUAGCUGUUAUUCUUAUGGACAGUAUAAAAGGGGUAGAAAAAAUAUGCUAUUCCUUAGAUCGAAUUUUAGAUCAGACUAAAAAAAAUUUUAAUAUAAUGUCCUUAGUACCUCCAAUGGAUGAUACAUCUCUCAAUAAACUAAAAAAGGCUGAUUUAAUCGUUUCAACCCCCAUUAUAUUUACAAGAAUCCUAAUGAGUCGCAUAAUUAAUUUAAAAAGAUUAUGUCAUUUAGUUAUUGAAAAUAUCGAUAAAAUCCUCGAGCAAACACCCCAAGAAUUAACCAAUAUCGCUAAAGCAACACAAAGUAUGUUAGAACAUCGUAUUUUUGUUAACACUGUCCAUAUGGUAAUGACUUCAAUAAAAUGGACAAUCCCAUUGGAAAAUUUUAUAAAGAGUAUGGAAAGCACUCCAGUUAUUUGCAUUGGAUCCCAUUUAGAAAGCGCUAUUUACGCUAAAGCAAAUAUUGAAAUACAUUUUAUUAAACAAGACGAAAAAAGAAAACGAAUUGUUGCAAUGUUAAAACAAUAUUCGAAAGACUUAAAAACAGUUAUUGUUUGCAAUAAUGAUGAAGAAGUUGACGAACUUGAGAGAUAUUUUCAAAUAAUGGGUAUUAGUGUUAUUUCAUCUAAAAGAAGCUCGAAUAAGGAAGAAAUCGUGGAAAAAGAAAUUUUAUGGAUGUCUACUCCUAUGAAUAAUAAUUCAGUUUUGAUCUCUACAUAUUGCGUUUUGGAGAGCGAACUAAGCAUAACGACCGCUCAAAUUUUAAUACAUUACUCACUACCUGAAGAGUCUUGGUCAUCAUUUGGAAGAAGUUUCAAAUCUGUAAUAGACACCCAUGAUUCACCUUUUAACACGAAAUUUAACCGAUCAGAAGCAGUUAAAAUUCACAUUUUUGUCGAUGAAAGUUGUAGUAAACAAUUUCCAAGAUUGUACUACUUUUUAAGAGAAAUGAAAACCAUUCUACCAGAUAAUUUUAAACAAUUUUGCCAGGAAGUGGAAAAAGACGAAGAAUCGUUAAAGAUUGAAAAUAACGUUGCGAUAUGUGAACGUUUAAAAUUGAUGGGAGAGUGUAAAACGUUUCGUUGUAAGAAACGUCAUUUAUUCUCGGCGAAGUUGGAUUUAACCGAAGACGUACCAAAUGCGGGAAUAAUCAAAUUUAAAGUGUUAAACGUUGCUGAUGUUACCCGAUUUGGUAUAAAAGUAUUAGAAUGGUGGGGAACCGAUAAAAAUAAAUUAAAUGUACGCGAUUAUACGAAUUUAGUUACAAAAGAACUCUAUAAAUGCGUGACGGCAAAUAAAACGAUGGUUACCGAUGUACAGGUCGGUCGUUUAUAUGUAUAUUUUGACGCAAAAGAAGUAACAUAUCAUCGAUGCGUUGUACUAAAAAUACUUACGAGACUAAAGAUUACAAACGCUGCGGACAGAAUUAAAAUUAAAUUAAUCGAUGACGGCGUUGAAAAGAAAGAUGUCGGUGCAAGGGCACUUUUCGAAUUAGCACCCGAAUAUUUGGAUGUGCCACCGCAAAGUUUAGAAGGUAUACUUGCGAAUAUAGUACCACUCGAACGAGACACAGAAUGGAAUUUCAGAAGUAAACUUAAAGCUGAAAAAAUUCUAAAUUCAGCUAUAGAAAAAUAUCCAAACGCGUAUUUUGUGGCGAAAAUUGUGUUGCAAGUUGGCGAAACACUUUGGUUAGAAGAUUUGUUGAUGCGUGAAGAUAUUUCAUCCUCGAAAGAAGUUGUAACCUUGCUUAGUUUUAAAAAGAAAUUGUCUUCUUUGGAUAUUGUAGAUGUUGAUGAAAGUGUUUUGCAAAAAUUGAAAGGAAUUUGUGCAAAAUCUGGAUUGGAUUUGCCAUGUUAUGAUAUUGACAAUAGUGUUAAAUCGACUACUAAAUGUGUUCAACAAAUUAAACCACAAUGGGCUUAUUUAGAUACGCAACCUGACAUUUUUAACGUUGUUUAUUUUAGUCAUGCAUUUUCGCCUGAAAAAUUUUAUGUGAAAUUGGAAAAAUAUUUCGAUUUAUACUUACAAUUGGAAGAUGAAAUUCAAGCGGCCAUUAAAAAACCGUUUUAUCCAGAAAAUGAGCAAGUUAUUGUCGGUAAUUGUUACUUAGGAAAAGAUUCCGGAUCAACUGCUUAUAAUAGAGUUCUAAUAACAGAAAUCAAUGAUGAAAUUGCGUCAUGUUUCUUUGUUGAUUUUGGAGAUGUUGCAGAAAUUCACAUAAAUGAUUUGAAAUAUCUUUCAAAUGAACAUAUUUCUAAACUUCCCUUUCAGGCUAUUGAAUGUGAAUUAUAUGGAAUACUACCAAUAACCGAAACUUGGCAAAAAGAAUCUUCAGAUGUUCUUUAUAAAUACUGCUUCCUACCCGACACAGAUAUUUUCCGCGAUUUGUUAGUAAACGUAAUCGAUUCAAAAUCAACGAAUUACUCUACAAAGUAUUCAGUAGCUUUAUUGGAUAAUUACGAUAAUAAACAGACAUUUAUCAACAAGAUUUUAAUUGAUUGCGGAUUUGCAAUUGAUAAUAAAACGGCAAAACUUGAAGACGUUAUUUUACCAUCCCUUAAUUUCAAUGAGGAUGAUGAUCAGUUUUCAAGUGAUGAUGAGAAUGAAAAUAUUGCUAAUCAAAAGUACAAUAUCAGCGAUGACGACAUAAAAAAGAUUGACGAGAUUAUACCGGAUAAAAAUGAUGUGAUUGAAGAUGAGGACGAAAUGUAUGCAGAUAUCGAUCGGUGUAGUUUUUUAAAUGGUGGUUGGGAUUUUUGUUGUACAGAUUUUCGAACGUUUAUGAAAGAAAUAACUCAAAAUAGUAGAGUUAAACCAACACCCAAAAAAACAUCAACAUCUCAAGAUUCGAAUUUUUAUAUUCCUAUUAAAGCUGCAUCCCAAAAUUUUUACGCCCCUCAAUUGCUUUGGUAUCAAACCAAAACGCAAAUUUUUUUGGAUAUCCAACUAGAGAAUGUCGAAAACUUCACAGCUUUAGUGCUUAAGAAAAAAGUUUUCGUUUUUAAAACGAUUUUAAACGAAAAGGAAUAUGUUUUGAAUUUAUCGCUUUUUAAUAACGUUAGUAAUCUCAUUAAAAAAGAUAAUAACGGACGGAGUGUUAAGGUGGUAUUAACUAAAAUUGAGGAAAAAGAAUGGGAUAAGUUGGUGGACACAAAUGAAAAAAUGAGGAAUAUUAAAUAUGAUUUUAAUAAACUUAAAGACGAGGAAAUUAAAAAGAGAAAAUUUUUGGAUUUAGGUCUUGAUGACGAUGACGAGAGCGAUGAAAAUUUACCAUUGUAUUAUAAUUUAAGUUCUGAAGAAUCUGAUUCGGAUUCAGAAAAUUGUGAUGACGUUAGAUAAAAAGUUGUUAAGAAUUCUCAAUAUUUUAAGAAAAAAAAGGUGUUAUGGUAAAUAGUUUAGUUUUUCAUUUGUACACAAUCUUUAUUCAUACAUAAUAAAGAAAAAAAAAACUUAAA